AUGUUGACAAGCAAAUUAUGGAAUUCUUACAAGCAGUUGGGUUUAGGCAAUUUAAGAUACACACUUGUUCCUCCCUUUGCUGCUGCCUUCUAUUCAUCGCUCGUUUUCCAAUCUACAGAUCAGUUUACAAUUCAACUUCAAAAAUGCGGUUAUUGGGAGGUCGAAAUUUUCUUAGAAGAACUUAAACAAAACAUUCGAUUCAUGCUACAACAUGCUUAA